CAUCAGCUGUGCAAGCAAAUUGCUUUGACAUUAUAAAUGAAUUACUGAUGUACGCUGGAUUAUAAACUGUAUUGAUGGUGUAUGAGAAACACACAGAGCCCCAGUUUGACCUGUUUUUACUGCCUGGGUGUCCAGGAGACUGUUUUUUGAAUGAAGAGCCAUUCACAUUCCACAACAGAGAACAUGAACACACUUUAAGACGUCUCAAAGGGGCACGAGAUUGUUUCUUCCCCUACAGUAAUGUUUAUCUCUGUAGAACACAGCGCCAAUAGCUCCUUACAUACACCUUUUUACCAGCUUCAAGAAGAUUUAUAUUUGCCCCCCCAAAAUAAAGCCCCAGGUGCUUUACUAAAAUAAAGCCCCAGGUGCUAACUGGAAGCCAGCAUUACCUGGUAUAUAUUUGAAGUAUUGUUUAGUCAAUGUAAAGCAUUUUGGGGUGUAUCUUUAUGGGUGUACUUUCCUCCAAAAAAAAAAACCGUGAAGCAUAUUAAUUCUUCCAUCCUGCAUUGUCAGCUUUCUGUAGCAAGAGGUGUGUCUAUGAAGUCUGAAGCUGUGGUUACUGUCUCGUACCCUCCCCUACACUGCCAUUCCAUCCCUGCUAGCUACACAACAUUCCUCCUGUUAGUCUGAAAGCUAGGAAUACCAGAACGCCACACUGGAUAUCUAUGGAGACUCUUGGAGUGACACUGCUACGUGCAUUGCUUACUCUGAAUUGGGCCUUUGCUUCAGCUGCUAGCGACUGCAGUGGCUUCAGGCACCUUGAGAAUGGCCGGACAUUUUUCCGGUAUAACGGACUGUACGUAACUUUCAGCUGUAACCCAGGCUUCAGGAUGCACGGCCACCGCACCAGCAGCUGUGUGUCUGGCCAGUGGGCUAGAUAUCCACCACUGUGUGUCGCUCCAGGUUGUACUAGUCCUGGCAAGCUCCUGCAUGGCACGUCCAUGAUGUCACCUGAUGGUUCGCUGAUCCAAUUCACUUGCAACACUGGGUUCAGGCUUUCAGGCUCACCAUUGCUCUAUUGCAAAGGCAAGAGCUGGAAUGGCAGCACUCCUGUGUGUAAAGAGUUAGACAUCAUGAACUUGUUCCAGCUGAAGCAAACAUCCUUGUACAAACCUGGUAUAGAGUUAAACCAAGACAUGUCAGAUCUGAAAAACCAUUUUAAUGCUGUUGCUAUCACAGCUGCCAAAGAGACCUUUUUAAAAUCUUCUCUGCUUGGGGCUUCUCAGCCCAAAUUGCACUUGACUGGAAAUUUGUCUAAGAAGUCACAGAAACAGCCAGACCUUCUAAAGAGACUGUGGCAUGAUCAAAUCACUACGCAACAACCUGUACGACCUGGGGACACAAUUAUGAAACCGAAUACCAUGCAAGGGCCAACUAAACUUGCAAAUCCCCUCAAUCAACCGCUACUUCCUGCUACAUUAGAGAACUCUCCAACAGUCUCAGCCACCACUUCGCUUCCUGCUACUUUAUCAAAACCCACACGGUCAAGCAUCUUGGCCAAUUCAACUAUAAGUGAUCAGCAAGAACAAACAUCCAAAUUCCUACAUCAAAUGCUUUCUUCUGCACCCACAGGAGAAGAUAAUGGAGAAAACUCCCUGACUUUAACAACACCUACGCAUCAUGAAAUUCCAAUAACACCUAUACGAGUCAUUGAUGUAUCAAAAGAAAUUAAUUUGGACAUGAGUCUAACAGUUGAGUUAAGCGAUGCCAAAAUGCACUCAAACACUCAUGACACUGCUCCUACGGUGUCCACAGAAAUCCUAAAGAAUAGUGACAUAUCUAGUAACUUUAUGGUCAUAACUGAAUCUUCCACUGAUGAAAAUAUUUUACAGUCUUUACAGGUAACAGAAGAAGUGAGCACAGCUGUCUCUACAGUAAGCUCUCUUCACCUCGCAGGAUCCAAAAAUGAGCCACUUACACCAAAAGCUUUUCCAACAACUUUUAUGACUACUUCCGGACCACUUGUUCCUUCAGGGAUGCAUGAGAAAGAAUAUUUCCUUUGGAGUACUUCAGCAACCAAAGAAGGAUUGACGACAGCACUUAACCCUUUCGUACACUCGACUCCAGCUGUUACUACCAGAAAGCUUCACCAAAAACAUUGGACAACGGGUAACAUGACGGCAGCUCUGGAACAUCCAGAGCCUCAUAAACUUUUGGUUGACCAGAUAGAUGGAGAAUUAUCUUUCAGCUCUAGUCUUAAAAAAAGUUUGAUCAGUAAUCAUGAUCAGGAAAACACAAUGGCUAAGAAAAGUGUGCUGGACCAGACAGUGGACUCUGCCACUGACAACACUUUCACAAUUUCAGGGUUUGAAGUACACCACCAGAGUAAACGAAGACCAGUGUGUCCUUACCCUCCUUUACCUGCUCAUGGAACGUUCUAUUUCCAUACAAUACCCAACCCUGCUCCAUUCCAAUAUAAGCAUUACAUACAAUACGCCUGCUAUGCUGGUUACACACUGGCCAAUGGGGAUGUGUACAGCUAUUGCCUACAGGACGGGCAGUGGAGUGGGGUCACACCCAUGUGUAUCGGGUUAACUGCAUGUUCUGUGAACAAUGGCGGCUGCUCUCAAGUGUGCCAGGUGAAUGCACACAAUCACAAUCAUGCUGAGUGUCGCUGCCAGCCUGGCUUCCUGCUGCUGGGGGACCAAAGGACAUGUCGAGACGCCGUGGUUCUGUGA